UUGUCUGUCCGUUUCAAUAUUUUUUUUUCGUUUUCAAUAUUUAUGGGGGAAAGGGAUUUUACCCACAACUUUUCUUUUCCCAAUCUUUUCGGCCCAAGCUUUUUUCGCUUGCGCCAAUAUUACUACGAUUUAUUUUUGUUUAAAAUGUAUUAUUUACGAUUUAAAUAUUUUAGUUUUAUUUUCUCACAAAAUUAAAAAUUUAUUUUUAGCUUUAAAAUUGACCUUUUAUUUUUUUCCUCAUGUCUAAAGAUCUUUUUAUUGAAGAUAAAACUCCCCUUCCUAAAGAAGGAUAUGUUGACUUUUUCUAUGUUGGAGCAAAAGAUGUCAAUAAAUGUUUGAAAGUUGCUUUUGCUAAAGUUGUGAUGGAAGGAUUGAAUGUUGAAAAAAUGUCUCCUGAAGGGGAGGACCAUAAAAGAAGUGAUUAUGCUAUUUAUGUGGAAAAUACAAAUGCAAGAGAUUUGGAGAAAAAUAAAUGAG